AUGGUGGAACCGAUUGAUAAGAUAAUGAAUCACGGACCAGAGUUUGAGAGGCUCGUAGAAGACUCCUGGGCUUAUAUCUCCAAGCUUUAUAGCCGUAAUAAAAAGCCUACAAAAUCCUUAACAAAUGUACCGCCGAAAAGACCUUACCAUUUUGUGAAACGCAGUGCUACAAUAACAGCAUUCGGGGAGGAAUUAGACAUAUCAAAUAUGCCUCCACCGGUUUAUUCAUGCACAGGAAUACCUAGAAAUUAUCAUCGGUGGGAUAAAGGUGGAUGUACCUCCACUUGUUGUACAGUUACUCUUUCCAUGUACCCAUUGCCGUCUUUUGAUGGUGCUAGAUGUAAGGUAAGGUUGGUGGGAAGAAAAAUGGGUCAUAGUACAUUCACAAAGGUCGUAGAGGAAUUGUUGUUAGCGGGGUACGAUCUCGGUUUUCCAAUUGACUUGAAGGAUCAUUGGGCUAAACUUGGGUCUAACAAGUAUGUAGUGAAUAGAUAA